UUUUAUUGGUUCAGCAUGCCUGCCAUCAUGAAGGGCUGGAUGGACAGAGUCUUGGUCCAGGGAUUUGCUCACAACUUCCCACAGGGUUAUGAUGAUGGCUUGCUCAAGAUCCAGGAGUAUUGUAUUUUUGUAAACCCUAAACUCUUGGAGGCUACAAAGAUGUCGCUGGAAGAUAUUCACAUGAACACGCAGGACUUGCUGCAGAAGGAAGAACUAGAUGCUGGAGGAUUUGGAAUGGUUUCUUUAUGUUAUCACAAGAAAUAUGGGCUUGUGGUAUUAAAAACAGUGUAUACGGGACCCCAGCGCACAGAAUAUAAUGCUUCCCUUCUUGAAGAAGGCAAAAUUAUGCGCAAACUAAGUCAUGAUCGGGUGGUGAAAUUACUAGGCAUCAUUCUGGAAGAUGGGAACUACUCUCUGGUGAUGGAGUAUGUGCACAAGGGAAACUUGAUGAAAGUACUAAAAACAUCCACUAUUCCCUUGUCUGUGAAAGGGCGGUUCAUCUUGGAGAUCAUUGAAGGAAUGCUUUAUUUAAAUGAGCAGAGUUUGGUACACAAAGACUUGAAACCAGAAAACAUCCUUGUAGACGAUGACUUUCACAUUAAGAUUGCAGAUCUUGGCGUCGCCUGCUUUAAAAACUGGAGUAGACUGACCAAAGAAGAGACCAGCCGGCAGAGGAAAAUCAAAAGCAAUUCCAAGAGCGCGUCCAGGAGCACCGCUGGCACUCUUUUCUAUAUGGCCCCGGAGCACUUACUCUCAGUUAACACAAAACCUGUGGAGAAGUCAGAUGUUUACAGUUUUGGCAUAGUGCUCUGGGCAAUUUUUGCCAACAAAGAGCCAUAUGAAAAUGCUAUAAAUGAAACACACAUUUGCUUUGGCAUCAUGAAUGGGAACAGGCCAAAUACAGAAGAUAUUAAAGACAGUUGUCCAAAGGAAAUUAUCGACUUAAUGAAGUACUGUUGGCAACAAGAGCCAGAAAAUCGGCCGACCUUUUCAGAAAUUAGUCAGAAAUAUAAGCCAUUUUACUGUGAGCAACUAGAAAAAGAUGUUGAAGAUGACUUGAGAAAGAUAAAGAAAGUGUACCCUGGGCCAACUGAACUUGUGAAAAGGAUGCAGUCCCUUCAGAUAGACUCUGUCGCAGAAUCUCCAAAUAACGGACAUGCACAAACAGAUCAGCCCAAUUCCCUACAUAGCUCUCAGGGUCUCAUGACUGGCAAUGUGGAUGAAGCCAUGUUUGCUCCCUUUCCGGCAAACCAGCCUGUCGAGAGCUGUGAGACCUCCUUUGAGGCUUCUAUGGGCCUAGAAAGAAAACUGCAGGAUGAAUUAAAUUAUCAUAAGUAUGGCAGUCGGAUGGAUAAUUCAGAAAGCCAACCUGUGGUAUACAGUGCUGAAAAGAGAGAGGAGGAAAGAAGACGAAGGGUGUCCUUUGAUCCAUUUGCAACUCCACCUGCUGCUUCACAGAUGUAUGAAUCAUAUCUGAAAGCUGAAAGCACAGGGUCAAAAGCCAGUCCCUAUAGUAACAUGACCAAUUACAGUCAUUUACAACAACCACCACCACCAGCUGCAGCAACUCCAAUAUGGGAAAAUGUACCAUACAAUCCAAAUAUUAUGCAUGGGACAAGGCCUCUAGAUCCGAUAAUAGGAUGUCCAGAGGAUCUCUAUGGAUCAAAUUCAGCCAAUACAUUUAGUCUGAAUAAACCCCCUGUGCCUGAAUCUGGCCUAGACCAGCAUCCACAAGCAUCCACACCUUUGUUUCCAAAGAGCCCGAAUACAGAGACAGGCAAAAUGGAAUCCAAUCCUUUUAAGAAGGGGAAUUUUGCAUAUACUCCUACUACACCUGUACAACACAAAAUAAGCACAGAUGAAACUGCAAAAUACACCAUAUAUAACAGUACCGGAAUUCAAAUUGGAGCCUACAAUCACAUGGAGAUUGAAGAACAGAAUCUAUAUGUAAGCAGUGUUCCGGUCAACAUGCAAAACACUUAUGCACAUUAUGAAAACAUGGGUAUAUUUGAUAGCACCUCUAUCCUCUCUGAAAAACAGCUGAAUCUAGUGAGAGAGAACUUGGCUAAACAGUGGAAACACUGUGCUCGUAAACUGGGCUUUAGUGAGCCACAGAUUGAUGAAAUUGACCAUGACUACGAACGAGAUGGACUCAAAGAAAAAGUUUACCAAAUGCUGCAGAAAUGGGUUAUGAGUGAAGGCUACAAAGGGCCUACAGUAGGAAAGCUGGCCAGAGCCCUCUAUGACUGCAAGAGAAUAGAUCUCCUUAAUGAUUUGAUAAAAAUGAACCAGGAGUAG